AUGGGGAUGUGGCUCAGGACUGAUGUGCCUGAGUCAACCUUGUGGUUUUUCCAUGAUCGCGAGGAGUCCUUGUAUUUUUAUAUGGCGGCCUUGAUUGUGCCUUUUGGCAUUCUCUAUGUUUUUGACUAUUUUAGCCUGAGCUGGGGCAUUACCAGCACAACCAUCACCUGGCUUCAAUCUAGCUUGCUGCGGCGCUAUUUGAACUACAAUAGCGCAGCGCAGACCAUAACUGAUCCUGCUGUCAUCUCCGUGGCUUUUCACCAGGAUUCCAGGGCACUGGCAAAGGACGGCUACAGAGGAGUCAUCAGAUUGUUUAGCGCAUUCGGCAAUUUGGCAGUGCUAGUGAUCUUUCAAAUCACAGCGCCCUACGCCUUCAGCAAACCCUUUCGACCCUCUGCUAUCUCGAUAGUUCUACUGCUGCCUUUGGUUCUUUUUCUCUUCCUGUAUUGCAGAAGCGGUGCCACCAAGAAGGUGCUGGAAGAAGAGUCGCGGGCGGAGGCUAAGACCGUGGGGGCCACAGAAGUCUUCAGGAAUUGCUGUAGCUCUUUGAGUUUCAACCUUCGAGACAAUCACCUGGCUGGGAAUGUGGAUACGUUACGGUUGGAGUUCAAGAAAGUCAAAAAUAUCCGCCUGGUCUCAGACUUCAACAAGCGCGGCGCAGUAGUAGAUCAGUUUGAGCAGCAUGUCAAGGCAUUUCGCACCGCGACACGACACGUAGGACAGCUGACUUUCAACAAUCGCUCCUUCUGCAAAUGGCUCAGCGAGUUGUUGAUCACUUUUUGGUUUGGCUUCGCUGGGCUGGAGGUCAUUAGUGGCAACCUUUCGCUGGGACUUUUUUUGCCAUCUAUUUUUGCCUCUCCAUCAGCUGCCUUGCGGCGCAGACGGCUUGCAUGGGCGGGUGGGACGGCGACGACGAAGAGCCUGCAGAGCCUGCUCGAGAUGACGGAGGUGAUCAAAUCGAUCCGGCUGGAGGCACUGGAGAUGAUCAAACAGCAGCUGUCCCAGCCGUCCAAGCUGAAGGAGAUCGCGGAGACGGUCAUGGCUGCAGUAGGCAGCACGCCCUUUCACAUGCGCAUGGAUGGCAUGUUGCUGGAGCAGGUAGAGGUGCAGAAGCCAGGCUUUAUGCUGCCAGCUUCCGAGCGGCACAUCGUGGAAACUGCCCGGGAUUUGCUUGCAAAGAUCCCAGCGGGGGGAGGCAUCUCCCAGAGGUUCAUGGUCUUGUCGACCAUCAUCCGAGAGCACCUGGAACAGUUCGCCGAAGUGCAUGAGGACAACGGCGUCAUCACCUGUAAUGCGCUGCUUUUCUCAUGUGUGAUGAAUGGAGCAGCCCGAGGCUAUAGAUUGCCAGUGGUCAUGGCCGUCGAGGACAGGAACAAGCUGGCAUGCCUCAGCAGGCGUGCGGGAUUCUUGUACGUCCUCACCUAUCGAGCUGCUGACGUGGCCCAGCGGAAGUUCGAAGGCACCCCGCAAUGGAUUCUGCAGGGCGAGUGCUUCAAGGAUGACUUCGACGGGACAAGUGGACCCCCGGGAGAGAGCACUUGUGGCCGCAAAGACGGCAACGUCCAUGGUGCUUGCACUUCGGUUGACCCGGUGGGAAGAUUCGAAAGGGCGGCCUUGGACUGUCACAUUGGCCAGAGCCGCUGGAGCCUCAGCAGCAGCAGCAGCAGCCGCCGCUUUCCCCCAGCGAUGACAGCCGUGGAUGAUGGGCGGGGCGGAACCAUGUUUGCGCCGACAGCCCCACUUCGCCCCGCCAUGCCCGCUUUUCAGCUGGGGUCAGCAGACUUGGCAGCAACAGCCGUCCCAGCCGUCACAGCCGUCCCACUCGUUGCAGCAACAUUGACACAGUCUGAGAAGAACAACUACAAGGAAAAAAGCAGAUCGGAGUUCAUGGCGCAAAGAGACGCCAUGAAAAGCCAUGGCCUGCCCACUUGGCGCAUGCAGAAUGCCACGGCCGUCUCAGCUGUCCCAGCUAUCCACGCAACCUGUGGAAGAGCAGGACCAGGCGCUCCUCAGAUUUGGGAAGAUCACGGUGGUGAAGGCUCUUACGGGACUGUGCUGAAAGGCCUGAUGCCCUACGGCCGCUUCUGCGCCCUGAAGAUCUUCAAGGGCAGCAAAGCUAUGAUCUCCUUGAAGCAAAAGGUGCUCAUCCAAACUGGUGCUUUGACUGGACGCGCACUGCAGAAUGCCCAGGAGACUUCAUGCAUGAAACUCGCGGAUUUGGGAAUGUCUGAGAUGAUGGGGAUUGAAGCUGCCUCGAUAAGGUGGGUCUUCAAGUGUAGCAGCUGCAGCGGCGGCUACAAACUCAUGCAUGGAAGGAGGGGCUGGGCAGAGGGAAAGAUGGCCCAUGCCAGAUCCAAUGAUGCCGUGUUCAAUGAUGAAGUGCUUAGCUCAGGUUCGCAUGGAUUUGCUACCGAUCACGUGUGCAACACCAUCAACCCUGCUGAGGCUGAUGGAGAACUUGUGCUUUGGCGUUGCGCCAGGUCUGAGGAACGUGUCCGUUUGAUUUGCAAGCUCCUGGAGAUGCCCAAGGUCAAAGACAAGAGCGACAAACACUGCAAGGGGUGUGGUUGGCAGGGGGCCUUUGGCCCAGCACCUUUUUGCACUCGAGUUGUGUUAGAAGAGUACAGGCUGCUCUUGGAAUUAAAGCCUUCAAGCGUGACGCAGUUUGAAACCAAGGUCGUUCGCCGCGGCGUUGCACAGGACUCUUCGAGCUUUCUCUCGCGGCGGCCUCGGACGUGCAUCGUCUCCGGCAUCACACCGGACGGCUUGGAGGUGGCAGACAAGAUCUACCGAGUAACAAAGCGGGGUGCUGACGAAGUCUCGAUUCACGUCGCGCAUGAAACGCUCCACCAGGAGCAUGUUUUCGAUGGUCACAUUGAACUUCAGAGCGAAAUGAGCGGUGUCCUAAGCGGCACCGAUGCUGCAAGUGCAUGGCGGUACAACGCUGCGACGACAGUGGAGAGAACGAGUUCAAUAUAG